AUGCGUGCUGAUUCAAAUUCUGGUAAAGAUAAAGAAAAAAUCUUCCCAUCAUAUACAGAACUUCGUAUAUAUCCAUCAUUUUCUGAAGUUCGUGAAAGAUUCAAUGCACCACAGAAUUUUAAAAUGUAUUUUCCACGUGAAGUAUAUGAUCAAAUCGUCAAAGGAAGUCUUAGUGUUGAAGGAAUUGAUGUAAUUAGUCAAAACAGUGUCACAAAAGCAAAUAAUUUAGAAAAUCAAACUGUUUUUAUUCAUCGUGCACGUGAAUCACCAAUUGAAUGUCAAGUUAUUCGUUCAAAUGAUUUAUUAUUAAAAGAUAUUAAAACAGGUCGAUAUAUUCGUGCACAAAAUCAUGAACUUGAAUAUGUUAAUAUUCCUGAAGAAGAAGGAACUGAAGUUACUUUUGCUUUAAAACAACCCGGAGAUGCAACACUUUCAUAUCUUAUUAAUGGAAUUCAAUGGUCACCACGAUAUAAUUUAAAUGUUGAAACAGAUAAUCAUUCAUUUGAGGCAUGGGCCGAUAUGACAAAUAAUACAAAACGUGAUUAUCAAAUAAAACGUACUGAAUUAUUUGGUGGUGAUGUUCAUUUACAACAAACUGUUCAUCCUCGAAGUUCUCGUCAUGAACGUUGUUGUAUGAAAGCAUGUUGUUGUGAUUCAGCAGCUUUUGGAGGAGCUCCAACAAUUGAAUCUGAAGGAGAAUUAGCUGGAAUUUAUUGGUAUUCAAUUGAUCAACCAUUUAUUCUUAUUCAACAAUCAACAUUUUCACUUCCAUUUGUUAAACCAAAUAUUAAAUUAGAAAAAUAUGCUGGAUUAAAAAAUUAUUUUCAAGAACAAACACAAAAAGGAAAAUUUCAAAGAAAAUAUCGUAUUGAAUCUGAUCGAUUUUUACCUAAAGGUACAGUUACAGUUCGAGAAGAUGGAAGAGUUGUUGGACAAGCACAAUUACCGGAUAUAUCACAAGGUGAAAAACAAGAUUUAGAUUGUGGUAAUGAUCCAGAUGUUAGUUAUACACGUCAAGUUAAAAUUUUAUCACAAAAAAGAGAAUCAGCAUCAUAUGAUAUUAAAUUAAUAAUUAAAAAUGUUAAAAUAAAAAAUAUUAAAUAUGAAUAUAAAGAAAUAAUAUCAUCAGCAAAAUUUACAAUUACACCAAAAAAUAAUAAUGAAGAAUUAGAUAAUAAAAUACAAAUAAUUGGUGAAGGUAUUGAAAUAAUUGGUGAAGAAUUAGAACCAAAUGAAGAACAAAUUUUUCAAUUUGAAGUUUUAUUAGAAUAUCGAAAUGUUCAACCACAUCCAUAUUAA